AUGACAACUGCGAUCGAGUCCCGUACGGUGGCAGCUCAGGGUUUUUUUGAAAAUCUUGCCUCGCUCCUAACGCCCGAUUAUACACACGUCGGUGGGAUCGUUGCCACGAUGCGUUCGGGAUGCGAGCACCACCUCUAUGACCCACGUUAUUCCCCAGCGCAGCAAAUGUAUUCUACGGAUUGUCCUCAUGAAUUUCGGCUCCAAAGACGGAAAACUACAACAGCAGUCGAAGGAUUACCGACAGGGCAAUUAUCUUCGUUGGAAUUCCAAAAACUCAUUUCGGAUGAAUUGGUCGUCCUUAUAAGUAAUUCGGUGUACAAGAUGUAUGCCGACUGGAAUAUGUCAUGGAAAUUUCGAAUCGAUUCCGGUGAACGGAUGCAGAAACUCAAGGUGCCCAUGAUCACUCCAAGCAGCGACCCAGUCGAGUGGAAGACUAUCACUGUAGGCAACGCAUUGGGCCUAAAGCAAUUACUUGAACACCCAGGUUGUGAUGGAAAAAUCUACUUCGGAGUAUGCUGGUUCCGUGCAGACCCACCAUUCCUGUUAAAUAAUACUCAACGCGAGUUGAUUGGUCUGAAGCGAGCAAUGAAGCAAAUGCGCUCCACAGUGUUUGAAGCCUUCAAAUGCCCCUCAAUUGACAUCACUCGUUUAGUAUUCCGCUCCAAUCGCAAUGGAAAUUUCAAAAAAUUAAUAUCCCACUCGCCAGAAUAUGCGGAGAGUCGAUACACGGAUGGAAACCUGCUUGAAGCAGAUGAGGUGGGGAAUCUUGGUGACGGGAUGUACUGUGACGAUUCCGAUGAGGAAUGGGACAGUGAUUCGGACGACCAUGAAACCGAAAAGAAUUAUGCAUUCAAAGCAACCAUUCGUGUCACUGGGACCUCUCGACGAACAUAUCAAGCAUUUAUAGAUUAUGCGACCUGUGGAGCUCUUUACUUUGCACCACUGCGAUCCGCAUACCGAAGGUACUGCGAAACACCUUUCAUUGAACUUUCAGAGAGUAGCCAAUCCCCUGAAGAGCUUCGUGCUCCGUGGUCACAGUGGGCCAAAGCUCGUAGCACUCCUCACACCGUUGUGCCCGGAGUCAAGACUCUCUCGAGCCCAAAGAGUCUGUACCGCCUAGCCGAUAUGUUGAUCAUUCCUGAACUUAAAGCUAUAUGCUACAAGCAGAUUAUCAAUUCCCUAGACAUGAGAUAUGUAAUCUCUGAGAUCAACAACUCAGUUUUCCAGCAGCACGAGGAACUACGUGUUGAAGCAUAUAAAUUCAUGCGAACAAACUGGCGGACACUAUCUAGCUCUGAGCUUACCUCUCUACUCACACAAUUAUCACCAGAGGAGGCAGCUCUUCUUGUGCAACAUACACUGAUGGAUAACUCUUCCUAA